AGACCAAGGGGUGUCAGUCUUGUUCUUUCUCAGCCGUAGCGGUGAUCCAGAGGUACGGAGACAAAGUAAUUUUCACUGGUGUGGCUUUACGCACGCCCCAGCGGGAGACGGAAGGCGAUCCAAGUGUAUUUUAGGCAGAAAAGACGAGAAACACAGACCAUAGCUACGAAAGAAGCAGCUGCGAAGAAUUGUAAAAUUCGUUUGACCCCACCCAAAAGAUUUAGUCAGCGAACGGGUGAGAGAGUAAGUCCAUAAAAAUGAGCAGUCCACUCCCACGCCUCCACCAGUCGAGCGCACCCGUCAUCAACGCUGCUCUCGUUCAAGACAAGGACUCAGACAUGCCCGCCACCGAGAAGGAUCUGGCCGAGGACGCGCCAUGGAAGAAGAUCCAGCAGAAUACGUUCACCCGCUGGUGCAACGAGCACCUGAAGUGCGUGAACAAGCGCAUCGCCAACCUGCAGACCGACCUGAGCGACGGGCUUCGGCUCAUCGCCCUGCUUGAGGUUCUCAGCCAGAAGAAGAUGUUCCGAAAAUACAACCAGCGCCCCACUUUCCGACAGAUGCAACUAGAAAACGUGUCGGUGGCGCUGGAAUUUCUGGAUAAAGAGAACAUCAAACUGGUGUCCAUAGACUCAAAAGCCAUCGUGGAUGGGAACCUGAAGCUGAUCCUCGGCCUGAUCUGGACUCUCAUCCUGCAUUACUCCAUCUCUAUGCCUAUGUGGGAUGAGGAGGAGGAUGCAGAGGCCAAGCAGAAGACCCCCAAACAGAGGCUGCUGGGCUGGAUCCAGAACAAGCUGCCCGAGCUUCCAAUCACCAACUUCAGCCGUGACUGGCAGACUGGAAAGGCUUUGGGGGCCCUUGUGGAUAGCUGUGCCCCAGGCCUGUGUCCAGACUGGGACUCUUGGGACCAUGACAAGCCUGUGGACAAUGCUCGUGAGGCCAUGCAACAGGCUGAUGACUGGCUGGGAAUCCCACAGGUGAUCACCCCUGAGGAGAUUGUAGACCCUAAUGUGGAUGAACACUCCGUGAUGACCUACCUGUCCCAGUUCCCAAAGGCUAAGCUAAAGCCUGGUGCUCCACUGAGACCAAAACUUAACCCCAAAAAGGCCCGUGCAUAUGGACCUGGUAUUGAGCCUACGGGUAAUGUGGUUAUGAAGAAGGCUGAGUUUACAGUAGAGACGAUCAGUGCUGGUAUGGGAGAGGUGCUGGUGUAUGUGGAGGACCCUGCAGGGCAUAGGGAGGAGGCUAAAGUUACCCCCAACAAUGACAAGAACCGCACCUAUUCUGUGAUGUACACCCCCAAAGUUACUGGACAGCACAAGGUGAUUGUGCUGUUUGCAGGACAGCACAUUUCCAAGAGCCCCUUUGAGGUGGAUGUGGGCAUGGCGCAAGGUGAUGCCAACCGGGUGACUGCCCAGGGCCCUGGCCUAGAGCCUGUAGGCAACAUUGCUAACAAGGCCACCUACUUUGACAUCUAUACAGCAGGGGCAGGUAUGGGAGAGGUGGAGGUGGUCAUUAUGGACCCCAGUGGGAAGAAGGACACUGUUCCAUGUCAAAUUGAGGACAAGGGGAACAGUAGCUACCGCUGCACUUAUAAACCCACCCAAGAGGGGCAGCAUACCGUUUAUAUUACCUUCGCUGGGGGGCAGAUCUCAAAGAGCCCCUUCAGCGUUACUGUUGGAGAAGCCUGCAAUCCCAGCGUGGUCAGAGCAACAGGACGUGGACUGCAACCCAAAGGCCUGAGGAUUAAGGAGACUGCAGAGUUUAAAGUGUACACGAAGGGGGCCGGGACAGGAGACCUCAAAGUCACCAUCAAAGGGCCCAAGGGCCUUGAGGAACCUUGUAAGCGUAAGGACCUGGCAGAUGGAGUAUAUGGCUAUGAGUACUACCCAACAACCCCUGGACAUUAUGUCAUCACCAUCACAUGGGGUGGACAACAGAUAUCUCGCAGCCCAUUUGAGGUGAAGGUGGGGACUGAAGCCGGAUCUCAAAAGGUGCGAGCAUGGGGCCCAGGGCUCGAGAGUGGCGUAGUAGGGAAAUCUGCAGACUUUGUGGUAGAGGCCAUUGGUGACGAUGUAGGCACACUGGGCUUCUCUGUGGAAGGUCCCUCUCAAGCAAAGAUCGAGUGUGAUGAUAAGGGUGAUGGAUCAUGUGAUGUCCGGUACUGGCCAAUGGAGGCUGGGGAAUAUGCUGUGCACGUGCUGUGCAGCAAUGAGGACAUCCAGCAUAGUCCUUUCAUGGCUGAGAUUUUUCCUGCACCUGGGAAAGACUUUUACCCGGACAAGGUGAAGGCGUAUGGUCCUGGGCUCCAGAGCAGUGGUUUGGCUGUGGGACAGCCUGCAGAGUUCACUGUGGAUGCUAAGCUGGGGGGUAAAGCACCACUGAAGAUUCAGGCACAGGAUGGAGAAGGCCAGCAAGUACCUGUCCAAGUGAAGGAUAACAGCAACGGGACCUACAGCUGCUCGUACACUCCCCGCAGGCCUGUCAAACAUACGGUCAUGGUUUCCUGGGGAAGUGUCAACAUCCCAGAAAGUCCUUUCAGGAUGAACGUUGGUGCAGGAUGUCACCCUAACAAAGUGAAGGUAUCUGGUCCUGGGGUGGCAAAGACUGGCUUGAAGGCUUUUGAUCCAACCUAUUUCACUGUGGACUGUACAGAAGCUGGUCAAGGAGACAUCAGCAUUGGGAUCAAGUGUGCCCCAGGAGUGGUGGGCCCAGCAGAGGCAGACAUCGAGUUUGACAUCAUCAGGAAUGACAAUGAUACGUUCACUGUAAAAUACACACCACCCGGUGCUGGAAGUUACACAAUCAUGGUUCUGUUUGCUGAUCAGACCAUUCCAAUGACACCCAUCAGAAUCAAGGUGGAUCCAUCUCAUGAUGCCAGCAAGGUCAAGGCUGAGGGACCCGGUCUCAGCAGGAGCGGUGUGGAGCUCAACAAACCCACCUACUUCACUGUAAACACCAAGGCAGCCGGGAAGGCUAAGCUUGAUGCACAGUUCGUUGGGCCUACGAAGGCAGAAGCUGUUCGUGACUUUGAUAUUGUCAACAACCAUGACAACACGUACACUGUGAAGUACACACCUGUGCAGCAGGGGAACAUGGGCAUUAAUGUGACCUAUGGUGGCGAUGUCAUCCCCAAAUGCCCAUUCUCGGUGGCAGUGGCACCCUCUCUGGAUGUCAGCAAGAUCAAGGUGUCAGGUGUGGGUGACAAGAUCAUGGUGGGUAAAGACCAAGACGUCACUGUGAAGACCAAAGGGGCAGGAGGACAGGGGAAAGUGGCAGCCUCUGUGAUUGGGCCUGCUGGCAAGGCUGUGCCCAGCAAGGUGGAACCAGGUCUAAGUCCCGAGACCAGUCAGGUUCGCUUCAUCCCUCGAGAGCAAGGCCACUAUGCGCUGGAUCUAACCUAUGAUGGCAUCCCCAUCCCCGGUAGCCCAUUUCCUUUGGAAGCAGUGGCACCUAGUGACCCAUCCAAGGUGCUGUGCUCCGGUCCUGGUCUUGAGCAUGCCAAGGUUGGGGAACCAGGGAAGUUCGUGGUGGACUGUACUAAUGCUGGUCCUGCUGAUCUUACCAUUGAGAUCAUAUCUGACAAUGGUACUGAAGCAGAGGUGCACAUCCAGGACAACGGUGACGGCACCUACACAAUCACCUACAUUCCCCUCUACCCCGGUGUGUACACACUCACCAUCCGCUACGGUGGGCAAGAUGUGCCAAACUUCCCUGCCAGGCUCAAGGUGGAACCUGCUGUAGACCCCAGUGGAGUCAAAGUCUUUGGACCUGGAGUGGAAGGCAAAGGAGUGUAUCGUGAAGCCACGACAGAUUUCACAGUGGAUGCCCGUGCCCUAACCAAAUCUGGUGGCAACCAUAUUAAAACCUGCAUAAACAACCCCUCUGGCAACCGCACAGACGCCCUCAUCCAGGACCUCGGUGAUGGAACUUAUCAGGUUGAAUACACACCAUAUGAGGAGGGUGUUCAUGGCGUGGAGGUGUUGUACGAUGGAGCUGCUGUGCCCAACAGCCCGUUCCGUGUCCCAGUGACUGAAGGCUGCGACCCAGCCCGUGUCAGUGUGCAUGGUCCAGGCCUGCAAGCUGGAAUCACCAACAAGCCCAAUAAGUUCACUGUGGAGACCCGUGGUGCAGGUACUGGUGGCCUGGGGUUGGCAAUGGAGGGUCCCUCCGAGGCAAACAUGUCCUGCUCAGACAACAAGGAUGGUAGCUGCUCUGUGGAGUACAUCCCGUAUGAGCCUGGAACCUACAACCUCAAUGUCACUUAUGGGGGAAAGCCAGUUUCAGGAAGUCCCUUUACUGUACCUGUGCAUGACACUGUGGAUGCCACAAAGGUAAAGUGCCUGGGCCAAGGUUUGGGAACCAACGUCAGGGCCAACAUCCCCCAGGUUUUCACUGUUGAUGCCAGCAAAGCUGGAGUCGCUCCUCUGCAAGUUCGGGUCCAGGGACCCAAGGGAGUUGUUGAGCCAGUGGAAGUGGUUGAUAAUGGUGACCAGACUCACUCAGUCAGCUAUGUCCCAACCAGAGAGGGUCCUUAUUCAAUCAAUGUUCUGUAUGCUGAUGAAGAGAUUCCACGCAGUCCUUUCAAGCUGAAGGUUCUGCCAACACACGAUGCCAGCAAGGUGCGUGCCAGUGGUCCCGGUCUCAACACAACUGGUGUGCCAGCUAGCCUGCCUGUGGAGUUCACUAUUGAUGCAAAGGAUGCAGGAGAAGGACUGCUGGCUGUGCAGAUCACGGACCCAGAGGGAAAACCAAAGAAAGCCAACAUCAGAGACAACCAGGAUGGGACGUACUUAGUGUCUUAUGUCCCAGAUAUGACUGGCCGCUACACUAUACUGAUAAAGUAUGGAGGGGAUGAGAUUCCCUAUUCCCCAUACCGCAUCCGUGCCCUUCCCACUGGAGACGCCAGCAAGUGCACAGUUACAGUCUCCAUUGGAGGCCAUGGGUUAGGUGCAGGAGUGGGCCCCACAAUCCAGAUCGGUGAACAAACGGUCAUCACGGUGGAUGCUAAAGCAGCUGGAAAGGGCAAGGUGACCUGUACGGUGUGCACACCGGACGGUGGAGAAGUGGAUGUGGACGUGGUGGAGAAUGCAGAUGGAACUUUUGACAUCUUCUACACAGCCCCUCAGCCUGGGAAGUAUGUCAUCUGUGUGCGUUUUGGAGGGGAGCAGAUACCCAACAGCCCCUUCCAGGUCACUGCCCUGGAUGGAGUACCCACUGAACAGCUCCUACAGCAGAGCCAGCUCCCUCAGUAUGCCUACACACCCAAUAUGGGUCAAACCUGGGCAACUGACAGACCCAUUGGCAUGAAUGGGCUUGAUGUAGCUGCUCUGCGGCCGUUUGAUUUGGUGAUUCCAUUCACCAUCCAAAAGGGAGAGAUCACAGGCGACGUGCGCAUGCCCUCAGGCAAGGUAGCAAAGCCGGUCAUCACAGACAACAAAGAUGGCACAGUGACUGUCAAGUAUGCUCCAACUGAGGCUGGUCUACAUGAGAUGGACAUAAAGUACGAUGGAAUCCAUAUUCCAGGAAGCCCUCUGCAGUUCUAUGUCGAUUAUGUCAAUAGCGGUCAUGUGACUGCCUACGGCCCAGGACUGAUUCACGGCAUGGUGAACAAGCCAGCGGUCUUCACUGUCAACACCAAGGAUGCAGGAGAAGGUGGACUGUCCCUGGCAAUUGAAGGGCCCUCAAAAGCUGACAUCAGUUGCACUGACAAUCAAGAUGGCACCUGUACAGUGUCCUACCUUCCUGUGCUUCCUGGCGACUACAACAUCUUGGUCAAAUAUAAUGACACCCACAUCCCGGGCAGCCCCUUUGUUGCAAAGAUCACAGGUGAUGACUCCAUGCGGAUGUCCCACCUCAAAGUGGGCUCUGCAGCCGACAUCCCUCUGGACAUUGGGGAGCUGGACCUGAGCCAACUGACUGCCUCCUUGACCACCCCUUCUGGCCGCGAGGAGCCUUGCUUGCUCAAGAUGCUGCGCAAUGGGCAUGUUGGAAUCUCCUUUGUCCCCAAGGAGAUUGGCGAGCACCUUGUCAACAUCAAGAAGAAUGGCCGCCACAUCCCCAACAGUCCCAUCCCAGUGAUGAUUAACCAGUCUGAGAUUGGUGAUGCUAGCCGUGUCAGAGUGUCUGGACAAGGCCUGACUGAGGCCCGUACUUUUGAGCCUGCAGAGUUCAUUAUAGACACCAGAGAAGCAGGUUAUGGAGGACUCAGCCUUUCAAUUGAAGGCCCCAGCAAAGUAGACAUAAACACAGAGGAUCAGGAGGAUGGUACAUGCAAGGUCACCUACUGCCCCACUGAACCAGGAAACUACAUUAUCAACAUCAAAUUUGCCGAUCAGCAUGUGCCAGGCAGUGCGUUUACCGUCAAGGUGACUGGUGAGGGCAGGAUGAAGGAGAGCAUCACCCGGCGUAGGAAAGCGGCAUCAGUGGCCAAUGUGGGCAGCCAGUGUGACCUCAAUCUCAAGCUACCAGAGAGUGGCAUUGCAGACAUGACUGCCCAGGUAACAAGCCCCUCUGGCAAGGUCCACAAAGCCGACAUCAUGGAAGGCGAGAACAACACGUACUGCAUCCGCUUUGUGCCCAGUGAGAUGGGUGUGCACACGGUCAGUGUGAAAUACAAGGGUCAGCAUGUUCCUGGGAGCCCCUUCCAGUUCACAGUAGGCCCUCUGGGGGAGGGUGGAGCCCACAAGGUCAGAGCAGGUGGACCUGGGCUGGAGAGAGCUGAAGCUGGAGUUCCAGCGGAGUUCAGCAUCUGGACUCGUGAGGCAGGAGCUGGGGGGCUGUCUAUUGCAGUGGAGGGUCCCAGUAAAGCUGAGAUCGCUUUUGAGGACCGCAAAGAUGGAUCCAGUGGGGUCUCUUACAUUGUCCAAGAACCGGGUGAUUACGAGGUGUCGAUCAGGUUCAAUGAUGAACACAUCCCAGACAGCCCUUUUGUGGUUCCUGUGGCUUCCCCAUCAGAUGAUGCUCGGCGCUUAACUGUUGCCAGUCUUCAGGAGUCUGGACUAAAGGUGAACCAGCCAGCCUCCUUUGCAGUGAGUCUGAAUGGUGCCAAGGGUGUCAUUGAUGCCAAGGUGCACAGCCCAUCUGGCGCACUGGAGGAAUGCUGUGUCACUGAAAUAGAUGAAGACAAGUAUGCAGUACGCUUCAUUCCACGGGAAAAUGGACUGUACCUGAUUGACGUGAAGUUCAAUGGCUCCCACAUCCCUGGCAGCCCCUUCAAGAUCCGUGUGGGAGAGACUGGUCAGGCUGGUGACCCAGGCAUGGUAUCUGCCUAUGGCGCUGGACUGGAAGGAGGCGUAACUGGAUCUCCGUGUGAAUUCAUUGUGAACACAAGCUCUGCAGGCCCUGGAGCUCUGGCAGUCACCAUUGAUGGCCCCUCAAAGGUGAAGAUGGACUGCCAGGAGUGUGCUGAUGGCUACAAAGUUACCUACACGCCUUUAGCCCCUGGGAACUACCUGAUCUCCAUCAAGUAUGGAGGACCCUACCACAUCGUGGGCAGCCCUUUCAAAGCUAAGAUUACUGGUUCACGGUUGAUCAACAGCCAUAGCUUGCACGAGACUUCCUCUGUGCUGGUAGAUCCAGUGUCUCGUAGUUUCUCUUCCAGUCAGCAGGGGGCACCAGCCUGGGCUUCAUCUGACGCUUCCCGUGUAGUAGCAAAAGGCCCAGGUCUGACCAAAGCCUAUGUCGGCCAGAAAAACAGCUUCUCCGUGGACUGCAGCAAAGCAGGAAGGAACAUGCUGCUGGUGGGAGUAGAUGGUCCAAAGGUACCUUGUGAGGAGAUCCUGGUCAAGCAUUUGGGCAACCGCCUCUACAGUGUCACCUACCAACUUAAGGAAAAGGGCGAAUAUAUCCUAGUGGUUAAAUGGGGAGAUGAGCACAUUCCUGGAAGCCCCUAUCAUCUCUCUGUGUAAACCCCAUACACCUCUCCCCCUUGAUCUCUUCCUGUGUCCAGUGACAUGCCAAACACUGAAUUGUUUCACUGCUUUUCACACAACCCUGACAUGCUUCCUUUUCCAUAAAUCACCUUUUCCUGCUGUCGGACAAGCCCGCUUUUACAAACUGAUUUGCAUUCUGGGGAAUGUAGUUAGUGUUAAGACUUCAGGCCAAUAGCACUAGGUUUCUAGUUAUAGAUUUUGUCGGUUUUAGAACCUUGCUCUGUGCGGCUGUGUAGACGGGAGUUGUCUGUCCAAUGUGGUGAGACUUUAGUAGCCCACUUUCAAAGAGGAUUUUGUUCAAAGCGCAACAUGUCUGCAGCAUAUCAAUAAAGCUAAACUUUGGUUUGGUUCUAAAAUGGGUGUCCUAGUGGGUUGUCUUUCCUCAUUUUCAGUGGCAUUUCUGAAAUGUUUCAUGUGAAUUGUACCCAUGUCCAAUAUGAACCUAUGACUGAUGGACCUUAGCAUGAUUAAGUAUAAACUGAAGUUGGAGGUUCCCCCCCUAACUGACCAAAAAUCCAAGCUCUGCAGCUUUUGACUAUGCAACCCCCUCUCCUGUCAUUGUAUAAUCAGUGUUUCUGCUGGGGAAGAAGGUUUGAGGCUUUUAAACGUUACAGUAUUUUGAUAUUCAAUAAAGUUUAAAUGUUGUA